CUGUAUUACGUCAUUGGGCCUUAUCAGGAAGUGAGAAAUAUCAACAAUUCGGGUCUGGGUGAACUGUCACCGUUGCCUGCUUAUAGCUAGCUAAAGACCAUUUCACGGUUUUAUAGAUAGUUUUCUAUAUAUUUUGAGAUUUAUUAUCUCUAUAAUGUCUUUGUUUGGGAAGCUGUUCGGCAGUGGUGGUAAAGGUGGCAAGGGCCCGAGUCCUCAAGAAGCGAUCCAGAAGCUCCGAGAGACAGAGGAGAUGCUAACGAAGAAACAAGAUUUUUUAGAGAAGAAAAUCGAUCAGGAGCUUAUAACCGCAAAGAAAAACGGCACUAAAAACAAACGAGCUGCUCUGCAGGCCUUGAAAAGGAAGAAGCGUUAUGAGAAGCAGCUGGCUCAGAUUGAUGGCACUCUGUCCACCAUUGAGUUCCAGAGGGAGGCACUAGAGAAUGCCAACACUAACACAGAGGUGCUGAAGAACAUGGGCUUUGCUGCCAAGGCCAUGAAGUCUGCUCACGAGAACAUGGACAUAGACAAGGUGGAUGACCUGAUGCAGGACAUCACAGAGCAGCAGGAGCUGGCCCAAGAGAUAUCAGACGCCAUCUCUAAACCUGUGGGCUUCGGGGAGGAGUUUGAUGAGGAUGAGCUUCUGGCAGAACUUGAUGAGCUUGAGCAGGAGGAACUGGACAAGAACCUGCUGGAGAUCGGAGGAACAGAUAAUGUUCCUCUACCUAACGUGCCUUCCACUUCACUCCCCUCCAGACCUGCCAAAAAGGUGGAGGAGGAUGAAGAUGACAUGGAGGACCUGCAGCGCUGGGCCAUGGAGGCCAUGUAACUGCAGCACACUCACCGCCUGCAUCAUAGAGGAAAACAGAAAACAAAGGACUUAUGGAAUAUUGCAUUUAGUAGUUUUAUGUCCAAGGAGAGCUGAUCACUUUCUGAAAAAACACUACAUUAUGGCAUACAAUGCUGUAGAUUAUAUUCCCAGCCCAAAAUCUGAAACUAGGUACCAUGUCCGUCUCUGUAGAGGCACUCAGGAGGAUGUGUCAAAGCUACGAAUCAGUUGCCUUGACAAUUUCUCCCACUCUACCAAACAUUCGAACACCGGUGAAGGAUAUCCAACCAGCUGUGUGCUUGGCGACAGUUAUUGUAAUGUCACUGAAUUGAAUACGUGUUGUGGUAUUGACAUUACUGACAAACAGCAAAGGCUCAUUCAUGUACGGAAGCUAAUCCCAGAGUGGGUCUCUUUUCAACAGAUACAUAUUUAGUGUGUGUGUGUGUGUGUGGAUGGGUGUGUGGUUAGUUGGACGGUUUUAUUAUUCCUACUUUUUGUUUGUGAUCUACUCCUGAGAUAGGAAUUAAGUUGGGCAUGUUAUCAUGGCAUUGUUCUGAAGUGUCCAGGCUCCUCCUCCUGAAAUGUUGUACUGCUUUGAACUUUUUUGUUUUCCCCACCUCCCUAAGCACCCCCCUCCACCUCUGGUCCUUGUUAUCUGGUGUAUAUAUCUAAAUCUAUUUUUGCUGUUGGGCCCCAGAAGGCUCUCCAUGUUGUGCAUCAGCAUGCAACGAUGAAAGACCAUAACUCUCCACCGCACGGCAACAGACAUUAACUUCACCUUUAUCUGGGUCUUUUAUGAACUUUUUUUAUUUUAUUGUAUGAUGUUGAAGAAGAUGUCAUCAUAGCUUCAUUAAAAAAAAGAAAAGAUGGUUUAUUAAAUUAGAUGAGAACAGAUAACAGCUUUUUGGAUUUGAGGAUGACAGUUUAGUUUUUCCAAACACAAUGUACAUUUUUUACAUAGAAAAUAAAUAUGUAACACAAUGACAAUGGCAUGUUUAAAUUUCUGUUUAUUUAUCCAGAUGGAUUUUGUCCAGGAAAAUCAUCAGUUUUUGGAUUAUUUUACCAUGGAGGAAGUUGUUUUCCUUAUGUAAAGUCUCCACAUAAUAUAAUUAUGUGAAUUCAAAGUUCAUAAUAAAAUAAACAGAACUGUUA